AUGUCGUACAGGGGUUGCGUGUUGCGACUCGAUUCACUCGAAACGGAUCCGAACUUCCAAGUUUUGAGAGUUGCGCAAAUUCUUUCCUCGUUUUCCCCUCCUCCUAUGCAUCUUCACAUCAUUGUGAAAUUUAUGAUCAAGCCAGUCCACCCCGAAUUCGCGAAGAUAGGCGACGCUAUUCAAUCGAUUCGUAACAUGACGGUCUUCAUCGCCAGAUAUGGUCGGUGGGCAAGGUCCGACCUUAACAUCUUUGAUAAUCACGUAUCCUUCGCCUUCGAUGCUGAACAGGAGCCUUCUUUUCCCCCUACUGCUGACCGAUUUCCUAACUUCAUAGUCGAUUUUGCGAAUGCGCUUCGGAGAAGAAGGUCGGUAUCGAAACAAGCUAAGGCAGGUCGGUUCAGCCUGUUCUGA